GCAGGGGACUUUUGACCGGAGUGUUAAAAGGGGUAGGGUGGAUGCGGAAGGCCCAACGUAGUUUCGUACGUAGCCCGGACCAGAGAAGUUGCUCAAUGGCUAAUUGCAAAAGUGGAGGAUAAAGUAAUGAUAAGGGGUAUUGAAUAUGGUAUGCUCUUUAAACCUUGGCUCACCCGCACGGAAUUGGAGGACAGAAGGCGAUUAGACGAUCAGACCAAGUUCUGGGUGAUGGCGCUCAGAGUUCCUCUCAGAGCCAUGUUUCAUGUGGAAAGUAUGGUGGAGUCAGCGAUGGGGCACGUGAUUAACAGUUUACCACCGGAGCAGGAUCGGUCGAGACCUAAGCUAAUGAACCUGAAGUUUGAAUUGGUGAAGGAGGCGGAAGCCAACUUUGAGCCCGAGCUCUCGAUUCGAUUGGGGAAUGAAGUAUUGAGCAUAAAGUUUGUCUGUAAGCACACCCCUUGGUGUGACAGAUGCAAGUGGUGGUAUCAUACGGCUGACCCCCGGGAAGGUGAACAGGAAGCGGAACAAGGGGGUCAGCGUAUGGGGAGAAGGGGGGGAGGCUCUGACAGGGCGGAACGACCGGAAGACAAUCCGUAUAUACGGGUAGCGGCAAGAGAUCAAGUGGGUGCACGAGGUGGAACUGGACAAAUACGUCCCACUACAUCUGUCGAUAGGCCCGGACCCCGGGCUGUGCAGGAACCAGUCGCGACACGAGGCGACUCUCAAGUGAGAAGCGCUAGGAGUGAAUUGAGAAUUGGGGGGCAAGUACCGGGCCGACCCAGGGGUAUUGGAGAAUUGCAGACUCCGGCCGACGGAGCCAGGCCUCCCCCGACGGCCAGAGGAUCACAGUCCCAACUCCUGCAUCCAGCACAACAGCCAAUUUUUAACCCUGGUUUCCGUCCCUUUGUUCCAGGAUGGGGACCGGUGCAGUGGCAGGGGCAAUAUCAUCAACCUUAUGGUUGCAAUGGCUUGGGUCUGGAUCCGUACUUUCAAUUUCCAUAUGAUGCCGGUCAUGUUCUUGACUAUGGGGGUACCUACAUGGAGGGCAACUUCAGGAGAGGUGUGCAAGCACAGGGAGAGAUGAGAGGUGGCGGGUCUGGGACACCGGAACCAGCUUCGGGAGGCCAGCUGCCUGCACCUCAGGAACAGCAAGCCACGCAGGUGGAUGAGGAUGCAGAAGAAUUGGAGGACGAAAAUGGGGAUGUAGAAAGAUUACCGAGGUUUCGAAUCUUCCCGGAGUUUCAUAUGCCGAAGAUCAGAGUGGUGUUGGAGGACGAUCGCAUGAUCCGAUAUACUGUCGUGUUCAUUGAUGCUCGCUUCUCUUCGGAUGAAUGGACCUGCUUGAGUAGGGUGGGGUUAGGUUCCUUUCCGCUGAAUGGCCUAGUUCAAGCUUCAGAGAAAAUCUUGUUUGAAGUCGUGGUAAGUCCAGGAGUAGCGGCCAUCUUUUUGGCCAACCUGCAUCCUAGUACGCCCAGGACGUGUAAUCUGACGUCCAGCCCGUUUCUUCGCUGCGUAAGCUUUGACUGGGCGGCCAUGGAUGAGGUAGCCUCUCCAGAGGGUGCGCGGGAUGUGAACCCAUCAGCAGCGGGAAUCCAAUCUGCAGCAGUUCCCUUGCCAUCUCAUGGGUAGACUUAGGAUAGUCACUAGGAACGUCCGGGGCUUGGGGGUGGGUGCAGGGCGCCGAAAGGGGAAAAGGGUUAAAGCUUGGAUACACCAAGAACGGUUGGAUGUGAUUAUGCUCCAAGAAACAAAGCUGUCAGAACUCA